GCUGCCCCCACGGACCAGACCGGCCGAAAGAUACAAGCUCUUGUCAUGCCUCGUUCUGUGUGACCUGUGAAUGUCUCGUCUUUUUGCUCUACCUUGAUUGAAGUACUUCUGUUCUACAUAGAACGUUGUCGAAACGUUUCCCGUUAUCGCACCAAAAAAAGCGUUGGCUUCUUCGUGCUUGUGCACCGAAAACGCACGAAGGACUCUGGGCUUUUUUUUCUUCUGGCGCUGAGGCGUGCCGCUCUCAACUUAACCUCCGCUUCUCUCUUUUUAUCGUCAAUUUGCCUAAUAUCAGCAACGGUGUGGGUGGCCGCCAGUCUUUACUGCCUUCCUUUUUAUCCCCCAAUCGGCAAUCGCGAUCCAGUAUCGUGAUCUCAGCUGCACUCUCCUGGUUUCUGCGACCGACUGCCAACGGUAGUCCCCUCAAAGGUCGACCGACCGACCGAGUCGAACAUCGCGACUUCGUUUUCCAUUCUCUGGGCCGCAGACAGGACAGCAUCGUACCGAAAUGCCUGUAUAGCACCGAUUGUUUUACACACCUACAUUCGUUUCACGUUUCCCGACUACAUCGCGGCGUUGACCACCACCAUACCAAAAUCGAAAUGUUGACAAAAACACACAUUCGCCGAGUGCUUACUCGGCCAAAAACUUAUAUCCCAGCUCUUGCGGUGUUUGUUCUCUGCUGGAUCCUGCUGGCGCAUCACGGUGGCUAUAGAGUGGUUCCUUUCUACGACCGUCCAGUCAACACUGAGCGCGACCCAGAUGAGCGCAAGGAGCUUGCAUUGCAAGCGCAAAGACAACUGUUUGAGAAAGACUGGCGCGAUCUGGAAAAGAAACCUGGACUAGGCGCCGUAUAUGGCAACACCUUGAACAGCCUUACCGACCGGGACACCAGAAAGCCAUCGCACGAGGCCAAGCUGACACUGGGCGACAACUCCACCUCCUUCACCAAGGAACGUCCCGCUAUCUACAACCCAUAUCCCAAGUACAACUCAAAGGAAUGGUUGGCCACUCAUGCCCGGUAUGUGCCUUGCAUUGGAGCCACGGGAGACGAAGUCGAGGAUAUCAAAGUCUUCAGGGGCCGCCCGCGCAACUUCCCCGACCCCGGCUUUGGAAGCUACAGCACGCUUGGACUUGACCGCAACCUUUGCUUCGAAAGAGAGACUCGGAUGGGCCAGUACGGAGUAAACCCGGUGAUGGAUAAGGACGGCCAGCCGGUCAACUGGGACAAGGUCAACUGGGGCGAGUUGCAAUCCAAAUGUGUUGAUCAGAAUCAGGCACGUUUUGCCACGAGCGGUCCGCCGAACGCCUAUGUCGACGAGGAGGAGGACAGCGAGCCUUCCCCCGACCUGAAAAAGUACGACGAGUCUGCCGAGAAGCAGACGCCCAAGGACCUGUUGGCUACAUUCAGACGGUUCUGGCGUGGUCCGGAUGCCCGCCCGCUUCGCUCAAGAUCGAUUAAGGGCGUCUUCGAGAACAAGCGCGCGUACAAUUCGACCGUCAAGGCCGGAGAGGCCAGAACCGCCAUUCUGCUGCGAUCCUACACCGGGAAGGAGUACAAUGAUAACGACAAACAAGCCAUUCGGUCGCUCAUCACAGAGCUCAGCCUGCGAACUGGUGGAGAGUAUCAGGUUUUCUUGUUUGUGCACUACAGAGAAGACGAGUUCGAUAUCUGGGCUAGCGAGGACCUGUACCGUCAAGCGAUUGAGAAGCACGUUCCCGAGGAGCUCCGCAGCAUCACCAUUCUUUGGACCGAGGGAGCCGUUGACAAGAUGUACCCCAAGCUCACUGUCAAGGCGAGGAAGGUGCACAACGGCCAGUUCCUGCCUGUCCAGAUGUUUAUGCAGGAGUUCCGGGAAUUCGACUAUGUUUGGAACUGGGAGAUGGACUCACGGGUGGUUGGCCAUCACUACAAUGUGCUCAACAAGUUGGCUGAGUUUGGCCGCAAGCAGCCUCGACGGGGACUCUGGGAGCGCAACGAGCGCUUCUACAUCCCUUCUUACUAUGGAGGGUUCGAGUCCAAGUUCCGCCAAACGGUGGAGAGACAAGUCGGGGAUGAGACGAUUUGGGGCGCUCCCAAGCUUCCUGUUGUCAACCCUGUCGGCCCCAAGCCACCAGUCGAGAAUCCCAAGGACGACAAUUACAAAUGGGGUGUUGGUGAGGAGGCCGAUCUGAUCACCCUGGCGCCCAUAUUCAAUCCAGUCAACAGCGGCUGGAUUAUGCGCAACCAGGUGUGGGGAUACCGAAACCUGAACUUCCCAUGGGGCAAGCUACCUCGCCGGGCUACGAUUAUCACUCAAGUCAGAGCGUCAAGGAGGUUGAUUGACGUGAUGCAUGCUGAGGAUCUCAGAGGCAACCACGUCGCCUCCGAAAUGGUUUCUCAGACCACCGCUCUCCUCCACGGACUGAAGGCUGUGUAUGCACCCAUGCCAGUCUACUUUGACCGGGCGUGGAGCGGCAGCCAGCUGGCCAAGUGGUUCAACGGAGGCCCCAAGGGGCAAAGUGGCAGCUUCGGCAGCGCCAUGGGAUGGGGACAAGAGGGGAGAUACCUGGGCAGCACAUGGUACUACCGUGCCAUUCCACCUCAGCGAUUGUACAACAACUGGAUGGGGUACGAGGACACUGGCAUCGGCGGCCCCGAGUGGGAGCAGAAGCACGGGAGGACAUGUCUUCCUUCGAUGAUUCUGCACCCGAUCAAGGAGGUGAAGCCAACGGAGAAGGGGUAUUCGACUGAUUCGAAGCUUCCUUAUGAUUGA